AAUUUGAAAUUUGUCGGUUAUUACAAAUGUGGGAUUUUUAUUUGACGUUUGAUUUUGAUUUUGUUCUUAAUUCGAGUGAAUUAGUGAUAAAUUGUGUUUUUUUGCAGUAAAUAAUAUUCCUUUAAACGAUGAAUUGCUCCACUUCCUUGGGAACUCCUCGUAACAAAUUAACUAAUGCUGCAGUCCCAAUUGUAAGGUUAACGAAUAUUGCUCUUGGGUCCCCUUUAAGAAAAUCACUUUUAAGAAAGUCUGUUGCCCCUCAACCGGUAAUCGAUCAGGAUGAUGAGUCUGAAAGAUUGAAAAGACGUAGUGUGGCAGAUGUAGAGCGUCGUAUAAGUAAUGUUGUGUUUCCCGAUUUGACCCUAAGAAGUGAACAAGAAAUCCAUGAACACUUUCAGCUCUGCUUGAAGUUAUUUGUAGAAAAUAAAAUCAAUGCAAAAAAUGUAUGGGACCUGAAAAUGAUUGAUUAUAUGCCAGUAGUAUUAGAAUCAAAGAAACAACUUAGAGACUAUUUACAACUUGGCGGUACCUCACUCGAUGUCAGUGCUAAAAUUUAUGGUUUGAGGGUGGAUGAUGUUCAUUCUAACGCAAUUAAACUGGCUCAUAAUAUGACAAGGGCUACUAAUAAGAAAGGAGAAGGAGAUGAAGAAAACCAGGAUGGCAAUGAGGGGCCUCCUGAUGUAGAAGAUAAGGAAAAUCGUACCAGUAAAAAGAGAAAGAGAAAAACUCUUAAAAAUAAAAACACAAUAGUUAAAAAUAUAAAGUCUAUAACAGGGCAAAUACCUGUACUUGUAAACAACUGUUUUCAGACUAGAAGUGGUGUUGAUUUUAACUCUAUUACAGAUUUGCGUACAAACACUAUGCUCAUGCAUCCAUAUGGUCAUCAGUUCAUGAAUCUGAACAAUGACCCGGCUUGGAUGACGUACGCAAUGGUAGACGAAGAAUUUAAAAAAGAAUCUGAAAUAAUGAGACCGUGGCGUUUGCCAGUUGAGAUUGAGGAAUUUCACAUAUGCGAUCCCUUUACAGGUUUCGAAGUAGAUACUUGGGAUCCCGAACAAGACAGUCAUUUAAUGGACUCUCCGAAUUCUUCAUUCAAUGACGUUAUAGUUUUUAAUGAAAACGGGGUACCUGUUCCCGAACUUGACGGUUCUAUACAUAGUUUCGCUGAUUUGCAUGGUUACGAAACAGAGGUAGCAGGGUCAUCAGAAGACGAGAGGGUUGAAGCCCAUACAGCAAUUCACGUAGAGCCUGAAUUUAUAACGGAUUUCCGGCCAGAAGAGCGGAACACAGUAUCUGGGGAGUACUCCUAUGCUACGUUUUCCCAUUCGGCUGAUAAUCAAUUCCAAAAGCAACUUCUGGCUGGUCCCAGUCAUUGGAAAUUUAAACAUAUACGACCCACUGUCAGAAAGUUCUCUGGAGUGGUCGAGGAACAUCAGCAAAAACCUAAACGACCAAGAAAAAAGCAGAAACUCGACCGCGAUCAUGUAGAUAUCUUAAAUUUAUCUCUGUUUGACGAAAAUCUCAAGUACAAACCGCGAAAGAAUCCGAUUAAAUACGAUCCAGAAAGAAUAACGCAACAGCAAAUUCUUUUCGAAGACAAAUUUCUUAGUAUGGACAUCCCCCUCUUAAGUAAACCACAAUUUAUUAAAACAAAUUACGUCGACCUUCCGAAAGAUGGGGUUGAGGACGAAGUGACACCUUAUAACUAUCAAAAUCCUUUAGAUUCUGAAUAUUGUUCCCAACCUGCUCUUCCGGCAUUUGACGAUGGCGGAGUUGACGAUAAUGACGAUGGCCCCUUAGAGGAGGAGUUAGAGCUUGUUACAGAAAAGUGUGCAAAUGUAGAGCCUGAAAUGCUGGCAGAUGUUGGACAGCUUUUAGGAGACAAUUUGGUGGAAGCGCCUCAGAUGGUAAAGAAAAAUUUCAUAAACUAUGCAUUGCAACCGAAAAAAUUAAAUAUAAAAAGACUGAAGAAUGCUGUACGACGAUGUUUAGUAACAGAUGAAAAUAAGCAUUUGUCUGAAGAACAAUUGAAAGCACUUCCGAUUCGUCCAACUCGCUUUCGAAAUAUUUAUUUACGACUUCCGAGACUUAUGUCAGGCUCAGAGAAAAAAGAAUUAAGUUGUGCAACGAUUUUCGUUGCACUCUUACAUUUAGUUAAUGAACACCAGUUGGAAAUAAUUAAAGAUCCAAAUAACAUGAUAGAUUUCGAAAUAAAAAAAUAAUUUAAGUCAGUGUAUGCAUGUAUUUUGUGUUCAAUAAGAAAAUACCAAAACCAUA